GAGCAUGCGGAGACAGGGCUGGUGAACCCCAGGCUUGUGCGCUAGGGAUGCUCAGGGCCUGGUACCUUGCAGGGAGAGGAAAUAGGGCCGGUCCCUUUAAGAGGAUUUUCGCUGCCUGGCAGUGCUGCCUGCCUGGGCAGCCCAUCCUGCCACCCCGACAGGCAGCGGCAGCGACAAAGCUGGAGGAGAGGGGCAUCGCCGAGCAGCCGCGCUCGGGUGUGCUGAUAGCGACUGCUGGGCGGGGGUCGGAGGGACCCCUUCCUUCCUUCCCUCCAUCCAUCCCUUCCUGCCCGCCCGGCCGCCGCCCAGCCCAGCCCUGCGGAGGGAUGGGGAGGGGACCCCGGCUGGAGACCCGCGGGGACAGCGCUCAUCCCGGCUGCCGGCGCUGAGCACCGGCGGAGCCGCCGCCGAGCCGCUCCCAGCCCCCGCCGCGGGCAUCGCCCCUUUGUCUGCGGAGAAGUGAGAGGCGGAGGGCGCUGCGGCGGAGGGAGGCACGGCCGGACCCCGCUGAGAGGAGCCCCGCGCCCGCAGCCUGCAGCAGGAUGGCAGAGAAGGGUAUGGAUCCUGCCUGUGUCUCCAUUGCCCUGGAGGACACGGUGUGCCACGCCAGCCCUGCCGAUGCCCCGCUCCUCACCACCCACUUGAAGAAGGUUGAGAACCACAUCACAGAGGCCCAGAGGUUUUCUCACCUCCCGAAGCGCUCAGCCGUCAACAUCGAAUUCAUUGACCUGUCCUACUCUGUGCGGGAAGGCUCCUGGUGGAGGAAGAGAGGGUACAAGACACUGCUCAAAUGCCUGUCAGGGAAGUUCUGCCAGCGGGAGCUCAUCGGGAUCAUGGGCCCCUCGGGUGCUGGGAAGUCCACGCUCAUGAACAUCCUAGCUGGGUACAGGGAGACGGGGAUGAAGGGCCAGAUCCUGGUGAAUGGCCGGCCCCGGGACCUGCGCACCUUCCGCAAGAUGUCCUGCUACAUCAUGCAGGAUGACAUGCUCCUGCCACACCUCACUGUUCUGGAGGCUAUGAUGGUCUCUGCUAACCUGAAGCUGAGUGAGAAGCAGGAGGUGAAGAAGGAGCUGGUGAAUGAGAUCCUGACGGCUCUGGGGCUGCUGGAGUGCUCCUACACCCGCACCAGCUCGCUGUCGGGGGGGCAGCGCAAGCGCCUGGCCAUCGCCCUGGAGCUGGUGAACAACCCUCCCGUCAUGUUCUUCGAUGAGCCCACGAGCGGUCUGGACAGUGCCUCCUGCUUCCAGGUGGUUUCCCUGAUGCGGUCCCUGGCUCAGGGUGGGCGCACCAUCAUCUGCACCAUCCACCAGCCCAGCGCCAAGCUCUUUGAGAUGUUCGACAAGCUCUACAUCCUGAGCCAGGGCCAGUGCAUCUUUAAAGGCAUCGUGACCAACCUCAUCCCCUACCUGAAGGGUCUUGGCCUUCACUGCCCCACAUACCACAACCCUGCUGACUUCAUUAUUGAGGUGGCCUCAGGAGAAUAUGGGGACCUCAACCCUGUCCUGUUCCGAGCUGUCCAGAAUGGCAUGUGCACCAUGGCUGAGAAGAAGAGCAGCCCCGACAGAUCAGAUCCGUCAUGCCCAGCGCACUGUGUGGCGGAUGUGGACCACAUUGAGAGCCACACGUUUGCCACCAGCACUUCAACUCAGUUCUGCAUCCUCUUCAAGAGAACCUUUAUCUGCAUCCUAAGGGACACGGUGCUGACCCACCUGCGGUUCAUGUCCCACAUCUGCAUCGGGGUGCUCAUUGGGCUGCUCUACCUGCACAUCGGCAACGAUGCGGGGAAAGUCUUCAACAACACCGGCUUCCUCUUCUUCUCCAUGCUCUUCCUCAUGUUUGCCGCACUGAUGCCCACCAUCCUCACCUUCCCCCAGGAGAUGACUGUAUUCCUGAGAGAGCACUUGAACUACUGGUACAGCCUGAAAGCCUAUUACCUGGCAAAGACCAUGGCAGAUGUGCCCUUCCAGAUCAUCUGCCCCAUUGCAUACUGCAGCAUCGUGUACUGGAUGACGGGCCAGCCACCUGAAGCCACACGCUUCCUUCUCUUCUCUGCCCUGGCCACCGCCACAGCCCUGGUGGCCCAGUCCCUUGGGCUUCUCAUCGGAGCUGCUUCUACUUCUCUGCAGGUGGCUACCUUUGUGGGACCCGUCACUGCCAUCCCUGUCCUGCUCUUCUCUGGCUUCUUUGUCAGCUUCAAGACCAUCCCCACCUACCUGCAGUGGAGCUCCUAUGUCUCCUAUGUCAGGUACGGCUUUGAGGGCGUCAUUCUCACCAUCUAUGCCAUGGAGCGUGAGGACCUGGAAUGCCUUGAGGACUUCUGUCCUUUCCAAAAACCCAUCAAGAUCCUGCAGGAGCUGGAUGUGGAAGAGGCCAAGCUCUACCUGGACUUCCUCAUCCUGGGCAUCUUCUUCAUCAUCCUGCGGCUCCUGGCUUACCUGGUCCUCAGGUACAAAGUCAAAUCAGAGAGAUAAAGGGGCCACGGGGCCCCAGUGCCGUUCCCAGGCCUGGCCUGCUCUAAGAGACAUUCUGCAGAUGGACACAGCACUCCUAGCAGGUCACGGACCACAGCGGAGGCAUUGGUAGGUGCCAGCCAGGCCUGGCUCAGUCGAGAAGGGUUUUGAGACAUCUCGGAACUGUUUUAACCUUUCCAUGCACUCUUCAUUGCAAACGUUUUGUACAGCCCUGGCACAUGCCACUCUGUCCCCCAGGACUGCCCAACCCCACGGAGCUUGGGUCCCCCUUGUCACCCCUGCCCGGCACUGCCCUUCUCCACCCAACACACUGGGACUCUGGGGAGGGUCCCAUGGAGGCGGCUGUCUGCUAAGCAAGGUCAAGAGGAGAGUGAUGCCCUGGGGCUGAAGGCAGGAGGAGACACCCACGGCAUGGAUCCACAGUGCAGCCCACAGUCCUGUUGCUUGCCCUAGGCAGCAGCAUGUGUGUCAAUGCUAAGAAGAGCCCAAAGAUGCAAUAGGUCAAAUUGCACAAGGCUUGAGUGCUUCCUGUCACCACAGCCACAGAAAUUACUGCAUCCUCUUUUUCUUUCUGUAUAAAUCCUCCCUGGGUUUUGUUUGUUUGUUAUAUUUUGGGUUUUUUCUUUUUUGUUUUCUUUCUUUUUAUUUAUUUUUUUUUUUAUGAACCAACUGCUUCCCAUUCUGCAUGGAAGGGAAAGGGAUCCAGCAGGCAAAGGAAGGACCUGGGGCUCUUCUCAGACUUCUGCUCGGAUGCUAUCCUCAGAGAUAGGAUCUUCAAACCUGGGGAUAUGGCAGGGUCUGGGAAUGGAACAGUAUUCUCAUACCUUUGGGUGUCUCUUGUUCAUUCCCUGUUGUCUUCGGGGUCUCAGUCAAAAGGAUAGAAUCAAAGAACGUGGAGAGAAGUGACUGGUCCCUCCAAGCGCUUGCAUGAAGCAGGGAAGAUUUAGACUCCCAUGCCCUGCUAGUGCAAGGUGGCUGAAAAGCAGGGCUGGGCUCAGCCAUGCCAUCACCGGAGCCUCUACUGAUGAAGGAGAAGAGCUGGUCCUGAACCCUUCCCUUGCACCAUCUCAUUCCUCACCUCUCCCCACGGCACAACUGUGGCUGUCUCAGCAGACCAAGGAGGAUGAGCAACGCCGGCUGUGCAAGGAGGGGAUGCCAUCCAUCCCCAGGGACACCCAGCCUCAUCACAGUGCAAAGCUCCCAUGGUAACACUGUGCAGGAGGGGGUCCCACAGUGCCAGAACUGGAAAGCAGGUGAGAUCUCCCAGCAGUAUUUUGCAUUGGGCAGCCCUAACACUGAGAAGGGCUUUGCACUUUGUGACUGUGUCAAGAAAAGGUACCUUUUGGCAAGUGGCUCCUCCAAAGUCACCUGCUUCUCCACACUGCUUGAGGAUGGGAGGCAUUUUGGCACCUCGCUGGCUCACCAAAGGAACCGAGCUGAGACCAGAGCUGGUGGGGCAUCAGCACAUGCUGCUGUGCCAGGAACACAGCACACUGCUUAGCUGCAUAGCACUGACCUGUCCCUGUGGGUGUUCUGCUACUAGUGUCGCUGGCACUGGUGUCACAAGGCUGCACUGGUCACUCAUGCACAUGGGAUCGCACUGUGAGCAUGGACGUGGGGAAAGCAGCUCUGCCCCAUCCUGGCAUGCUGGGCCCUGAUUCCAGUGUAGUCUCUGAGGUGAUGCUGCUGGCACUCUCAGAGCAGCAGGGAAUUGCAGGGCAAAUGCCAGAUUUCAGCAAAAUCGUUGAGACUGUGCUUUGCUUUAACUGUCUCAUGUUGGGACUGCUCCACACAGCAGGGUCUGGCUGGCCUGCAGGUGGAUGGCAGACACAUAGCAGAUGAUGCUGGGCACUUGGCAAGGUCGUGUUUCCCCUGCCUGGACAGUAUUGCUGCAAGGAGCUUGUAUCCAUGGGGCUCUCCUGCACAAAGGGCUCAGAAGCAGGACAUGCCCUGAUGUCUUUUUCAUGCUGAGCAUUGGGGUUUCCCCCAGGGGCUUUUGUCUGACUUUCUGCUGUCCCUCACAGAAUUCCCCUCCACUCUUGGAUCCUCCUUCACCGCCAGCUCUGUGCCAUGCCCUGCAAUGGAGUCAUGCCAGCUUGGGAGGUGCAAGUCUCCUUGGCAUGAUCCUGCCAGCUGCAGCCACAAGGGUCGAGUGGGGAAUGGUCUCAGUGUGCUCUAUCAUGAGGUGGAUGGAUGGUCAGGUAGCCAGGGGGAGCUGUGGGCUGUCACCCUUCUCCAUCUCACUGUCCUUGGGGCUGACGGGACUGAAGCCUCACUUCUGUCCUGCUCGUGGGCUGUGUUGAGUUCAGCCUUGUCCUGUGCAGUGUGCACUGCUGGGCUGAGGGUUUUCCCUGGUGGAUACCAAGGUGGUAGGAGGUGCCACUGAUGUUGUUUUGCACAGCUUCCUGCACACUGGAGGCAUUGCCAUUCCCAGCACUGAGUCCUGCUGGGACACCCCUGUGCCAGCACAGCCAGCGCCACCACCACUCCCAUAAGGAUCAGGAUGAGAUGGACUGGUGAUGGCCCAUGUGUGGAACACAGGGGGCUACCAGAAGGCACCUGUGAUUGCCACUGCCCGUGUCCCCCAAGGCAUGGGAAUGCUGCAGCAGAAGCCUCUGCUGGCCAGCCUGCUCUGCUUGCAGAGAAGCCCUAUGGGACAGGCUGCCCAAGCUUGGCAUGGCCAGAGGAAGACUGCCGGGGCUGGUACCUCCGCAGGUGGCUGCUCAGACCAACCUGCCCAGGAUGGGGCAGUUGGCAGCACCACCAGGAUCUCCAGGACAGCUCAGCACAGCCCGGGCCUCCUGUGCUGGUGAGUGCACGGGUUGCUGACUGGGUAUGGGGCCACUGCAGGACAGAGGACCAGGGCAAGCCUGGAGAUGGGGAAUGGAUGUGUUCCCAAGCCGAGCAAGGGUGCUCAUCCCCAGGGGCAUGGCAGCAGGAAGCCCGAGGCGCAUUAGAGAAGGGCACCGGCACUCCCAGCAGGCCUGGCAAGUGAAUGUGUUGGUACCAAGGGGCUGUAAUGAGUGAGGGAUCUGGGCACGCAGUGGCAGAGAGGGACUGGGUCUGGCAGAUCCUGCCCCAGGCAAAGGCAGUCUUGGUGGUGCCCAAGGGCAGAUGGUGCAGGAGGAGUGAACUAAGCAAAGGUGUCCUGAACGGGGCCAUCCAUUGCCCCUUCCCUCUCAGUGAGGGCAAUCCCACAGAUGAUGAAAGGCACACAGAAAUGCAAAGGGACCCCUUGGCAAUAACACUGGUCAUUUUGUGGUGUGGAGCCAGGGGUGCCCAGACUGGGUCUGCCACCUGCCAGGGUGGGGAGCACCCAUGUGCUGGGCCCGGCACACAGCAGCGAGGAUGCACUUUAUGGGAGCAGGGCUGUGGGUGCGUCUGGCUACGGGAAUCCCACCAGGGAACGCGUCUGGAUAAUCAUGAGGAGUGUGAUGGAGGAGAGCAGGUUUCUUCCCCAACACCUCCUCUUCCUCCCUGCCCCUUGCUUUCCCUUGCAAUGCACUUUGAAUAGAUGAAGACAUGGUUCAGGUGUCCCCUGGGAGCACCGGUUGAACCUUAACCCAUCCAAAACUGCUUCAGCCCCUUAGCCUGGCUCCUUCAGCCCACAGGCACGGUUCUAUCAGGUACUGCCUCUCCCUCAUGUGUGCUGUGAAUGCAGGCAGGCAAGCAGGGCUAUGGCCUUUCACCACCAUGCAUGUCCAGGCCACCUUUGUCACACGCACAAGAAGAGCAAAUGCAUCAUCACCUGGCUGAUACUAAGGUUUGCUGGAGGGGAGAUUGGGAUAGAACAAGGAGGGGAUGGGGCUUCUCCCAGGCAUUCACCCCUCUCAAAUCAGGCAAUAAACCAGAGUUUCCUUCCCCCUGCGUGUGGACACACCACUUGUCUUGUCCCUGCUGCCACCAGCAGCCUGUGGCUGCCUGAGAUCUCCAAGUGCAUUCCUGCCACACUGGACCCUGAGGUUUUCCAGCCUUUGUGUGCAGAGGAGGUUGUACUGUGGGGUGUACGCGUGAUACAGAACAGGCGUGGACCAUGCAGAGGUGUUGAAAUCCAGGUUUCCACACGACCGGGAGUGAGUGAGCUGCUUUUUUCCUGGCGCUGUUUGCCAAAACAUGAUACAAAUAACACAUCACAGGUGGAGGGAUCCUGCUCUAGCAGCUGUAGCUCUGCUGUGGCAGUCCCAUGAGGCAUCUGUUUGGGUUCUUCUGCCUUGCUGGGAGGAGGCUGCGAAGCAGGACCAGAGCACUGCUGCCUAGAGCUGCAGCCUGGCAGGAACCAGGCAGGAUGGAGGUGAGCUCUUGGGCUCUAUGGGAAGCAUGGGGCUGCUGGCAGGGCCCUGCCAGCUCUCUGGGCUGUGCCAUAGGUGCAGGUAAGUGCCCUGCAGGUCCCAGCUUGCUGCUGGUACUCACCAGUGUCCAGGGCUCCCCAGGAGCUGUUGAGCAGGCGAUGUUGCGGCUUAUUUCAGUGUUCCUGAGAUGCCAGCUGUACGUGUUGGAUUUCACACAUCAAUAAAACUUAUAUUUAUAGUGUA